AGGAUUAGAAUGUUCCACCAGCUGCAUGAACACCUUAAAUAGAUGAACACAUCAGAGCUUCGAGCUGCAGAAGACCCAGCAUUUGACAACCAGGAGCAGAUAUUCACACCCAAACAGCUGCUGUCCUUCCAGACCUGUAGGAAUGGCUGAUGUUUUUAAAGGCCUGAACCUCCUGGAGACCCUCAAAGAGUCUAUAGACAACAAUAAGAUAUCAGAUGUCAAGGAUGCCGUGGAGGAUCUCCUGAUCAGCAGGAUCAAUAUAGCAGUGGUGGGAGAGCGUGGGGAUGAAAAAGCCACUUUUAUAAACUCCCUUCGAGGCCUCGGUCCAGAGGACCAGGGGGCUGCUCAGUCUCCACCAUCUGCUGCUCCAGAGGAAGUGGCAGGAUACCCUAACCCUAAACACAGUGACUUCCGGCUGUGGGACUUGCCCCCAGUCCCUACCACCUCCCCUUUUGAACCAGAGGGAUACAUGGAUAGAUAUAAGUUCCUUCGCUACAAUGCGGUCUUCAUAACGUUCACACAAAGGCCUGAACCCAACAGUAUUUCAGUUUAUCUGGAGGCACGUUCACUGCAGCAAAAAACAGUGUAUUUUAUACUUUUUGUUUCUGCGAAAGACACAGUAAAGAACUUAGAAGAGAAGAGGAAAUCCAGUUUGGAGGUACUGACGUCCAACGGUGUGGCGGUGUCUAAAGUCUACCUGGUCAUGCCGUCUAAUUUGGAGAAACACGAGUUCCCCUUCCUCCUGGAGGACAUGAGCAAAGACCUCCCAGAGAUCCGAGCCCACGCCCUGCUCUUAGCUCUACCCACGCUCACCGUCACCAUCGUCAUGCAGAAAAAGGAGGCGUUCAAAGCCCUGAUCUGGGCCGCCGCCUCGCUCUCUGGUGGUGUAUCUGCUAUACCUGUUCCACUUGUAGCUUCGAUGGUGGAUUCAAGUGUCGCUAUUCGCAUCCUGACCAAAGCCCAGUUAUCGCUGUGUGUGGACGACGAGUCAGUGGAACGACUGGCCAGACAAAGACAGAUGGAUUCUGCCAAACUCAAAGGACUUCGGACGUGUGUCCUGUCGGUAGAGGUCACCAAAGGGGAGGUGAAAAAACGACUUGCUGCGGCGGAAAAGGACUUGUCCACGGUUUCAUCGAGGCUGGUGGGGAUGGCCAUGCCCAGACACGCCCGUACUGCCAGCCGCUCCUUCACGGCCAUGUUACAAGCCUUAAAUGGUGCCAUCGAUGAAAUGGCAGCAGAUUCGGAAAAGAUCGUUUGUGUUGCUCUGGGGGCAGAAAAAUGACACCUACUGUUGUUGUUUUCUUUGUAAGACGUUUCCUGAUCAUUGUGUGCUUCAGCUACAUAAACGCCUGCUCGGAGCUCCUCAUCCAC